GCCAUAAACAAUAAAAAACGUGUUUUGCUUUUCCCUGUUUCUCCUUGAUUCUGAUGAUUUUCCGCUGUUUCUACAUCGCAAAUCAUGUCAAAGAGAUACUCAAGUGUGUUCCGUGACAAAUUUGUGCAGAAGAGGGCCAAAAUUGAAAUAAAAGCAGAGACAAAUGUGAAUAUUCACACCAACCUUCAACCGGCGAGCGCGGCAAACGCGGCAAACGAUCAACAAAAAACAUAUCAGACAAGAGUUGAGGAAGAUGAUUUGUGGGAUGACAAUGAUGAGUUUCUUCUGCUGGCGUCACAGGUGGCGGAUGAAAUAGAGGGCAAGGAUAAGAGGAGUGAUCAGAAGAAUAACGCUGAUUACACUGACAUCACAUUCGAGAGAUUUAGCCGGGAAGUGAAUUCAAGCACGCAGAGAGAUCAGCCAGGAUGUUCCAAGUUUCCGGAUGGUGGAUCCAGAUCAAAACCGCUGAUACAAGCGGCGCCUUCGAGUGAGGAAGUUAUGAAGUUGAGGAAACAAAUUGAUGAUCUCAAGGCGGAAAAUUCGAAGAUUUCCAACAGAUAUCAAAUCAGAGACGGUGAGGCUUCUACGCUGCGUUUUGAGCUUGAGAAAUUGCAAGCAAUACAUGGAAGUUCGAGUGCAAAGGCGAAAGCAGAGGCUGAAAAGAUGCAGAAUGCUUUGCUGAUGAAAAUGAAAGAUCUGGAGAAGCAGAUCAGUGCCUUGAAGGCGGAGAAUCAGAUGCGAAAUGCUGUGGAGCGCAGCUUCAAUGUUCAGCAAACAAAUGCACCGAAGGAUGAAGAUUACGAUUUGAAUCUGCCGACGCUGGAUCUCUUGCGAUUGAACUUCGAGGAGGACGAUAAUUUCGAUGUUCUUCAUUGCAAGACCAAAACACGAAGUAUUGAUAUGGAUAAGCGACUCACGAAGUUCACUACUGAAUUGCAAAACAUCGUGUCUUGUGCUCUUGGGCGUCAGGGGCAGGAUUUGGUGCUCGCGGAGCUGUAUAAGGAUUUGCAAAGAGUGGCUCUAAAGGGCCUCAUUCAGAUCAAGCAGCAUUCGCUAAAGCUGGAGUUCGCUACAUACACAGACGUUCUAUAUAAUCCCACCCUAGAACAUCAGCAGCUCAGCUACUUUGAGGCACUUGAGAAUCGUCUCGGCGAGAUAGAUUUAUUGGCAACUGAGAAACUCUUUAAGUCCGAGGCCAGUAUUGAAGGGCGACGCUUUCUAGCCACGGUGGCGUAUGCCUGUGGGAAAUUCCCUAUAAUUAACCAUCUACUGGAGACGAUUGCGAUCGAGAGCAAUGACGAUUCGCUUUCUUCAUCUAAGGAUAGUUUUGCUAACGUCCUUCUGAAGACUCUCUACGCAAUUGGCUAUUCUACCAAUUUCAUCAGCCACACCAUGUUGAUUCACGCUGCAGCGCAGAUUUUACUUGCAUUGGCGCCUCAGUUUGGUGAUCGUGCGGAUCAUCUGAAGUUUGCCGGUGAAUUCUUCAAGAAUCUCGUCAUGAGUCGACCUCAGAUGGUUACUUUGCUGACCAUGUCGCGAUUCCUCUUGGAGAUUCAGAAAACAAAAGCCACCUCUGGAUUCCUGAAGCUGCUCUGUUGCAACAGUGAGCAGAGUAGUUUCGUGCUGAGUGAGUUGUUCAAGAUUCAACAAUUCAUGGAGAAUUCGUGUGCUCUACAAGUAUAUUGCAGUCUCUUGGAAGGCAUCGUGUCUGAGACAAAUCAGUGCAAGAUGUCAAUGAAACCAAAUCAAUGGUUUCUCGAUACAGUGAUGGAACUCACAUUAAACAUCGUGAUAUUCUUCUCAAACUGCUUCGGUGAUAAUUAUGACUGGGUGAAGACACUAUUUGACCAAACUAACUGCGAUUGCCACAACAAGGUUACAAGCUGUUUAAUCCUCAUGAUACACUUCAUCCUCAAUCAAUGGCUCAUCAGUGGCAAGAAGCGGUGCAAGAAGACAGCAACAGUGGCACAGCACGGAGUUCUUCUGCUCCGGAGCAUCUUCACUAGCAAUCAGAACAUUGUGAUCAGGAUUUCAGGGGAACACAUACAGAAUCGACUGCAGAAGAUUUGCAGUCUGACAAAGAACUACCAUCGCCACUUUAACUUCCAGGAAGUCCACAAAUGCGCCAUAGAUUUUUAUCCCUUGACCAUGCUGGAUGGAGAUUCCCACAGUUCCGACGAUAGUCCCGAUGAAUCCAAUGAUUUCUUCACUGAAUUCUUUUAAUCCAUCACAU